CAAAACCAAAAAAAACCAAAGUUUAUUUUUUUUGUUAAAGUUGCUUUUUUUUACCUAAUUGUUUUUGAUCGUAUCAUGUUGAAAAACGCGCGCCUCUUGCUUGGCGUUCUCAUACUAAUUGCCAGCAGCAUAACGGAUACACAAGCCACAGUAAAUAAUGAAACCAGUUUCUUGGAAACAUCGCUGAGAUAUUUGGAUGAACAGCUGCUCUACGAUAUAUUGCCGCGUGGCAAGUGCCCAGGCGAUGAGGAAGAUGCACCACUAGACGAGUUUCCCGAUAUAUUUACAGUGGAUCAACUGCGUCAGGGCUGGGUUGCUCUGCACGUGUUCGCUGCGAUCUAUUUCUUCAUAUUGCUGGCCAUCAUAUGCAACGAUUACUUUCUGCCCACUGUCGAGUGCAUUUGCGAGGAUCUGAAUCUGUCCAAAGAUGUGGCGGCUGCGACGUUUAUGGCCACAGCCACAUCCAUGCCGGAGUUCUUUACGAAUACGAUAAGUACGUUGAUAUUGGAGUCUGAUAUGGGAUUGGGCACCAUAAUUGGUUCGCUGAUGUUCAAUACGCUCGGCGUGGCUGGCCUUGCAGCGCUGGCCAUUAAUAAGCCAGUGCAACUGGAUUGGUGGCCCAUAGCCCGGGAUUGCUGCAUCUAUCUAUUCAACACGAUCGUUUUGCUGGUUCUCGCUUGGGGCGGCAGCAUUAGCUUUGUUGAAUCCUGCGUUAUGAUGGGCUUUCUGCUGCUCUACUAUUUGAUUACGUUUAACAACAAUAAGUUUAUGCCUGCCAUACGCGUCUUCAUCGAGGAUCGCAUGAACUGCUGCUUCUCCACGCGCUAUGAUCUCACGGAACCGCCAGAGAACAGUGCCAAAGCACAGCUGCCCUUAAAGAAGGAUCCACUCUCUGGAGAUGGUCUGUUUGUGGUAAAUUUUCCGGAAAACACCUCGUCCAUGUCAUCCACAGCCAAUUUGACGCACUCCAAGCAUUGGAAUGGCGAGGAUGAAGAAGACGAUCAAAUGCCGACAAGCAUAUUUGCGUAUCCGCACAGUGCAACACGUUUCAUGAAAUGCUGGUGGGUCUUCACGUUCCCUAUUAAACUAGUGCUGCGCGUAUGCAUUCCACAUCCGAUGCGGCAUCGUCGCCUGUACCCGUUGUCCUUCAUCAUGUGCAUCAUUUGCAUUGGCAUCAAUGCCUAUAUGAUUGUCUGGAUGUUAACGGCAUUUGGUGUUGCGAUACGUGUGCCCACCAUUGUGAUGGGUCUCACUUUCCUGGCCGCUGGCUCCACAAUGCCUGAAGCUGUUUCCAGUCUCAUUUCACUGCGAAAUGGUGAAAAUGGCAUUGGUGUCUCGAAUUCGCUGGGCGCCAAUUCGUUAGCCAUUUUGUUGUCGCUGGGCGUGCCCUGGUUUGUGAAGAACUGCAUGAACUAUGGCACCGGCAUCAAGCAGCAGGUGGGCACCGAGGGCAUCGAGUACAAUAUACUGAUCCUGAUAUUGUGCACCAUUGGCCUGUUCAUCAUACUCAGCUGCAGUGGCUAUCGACUAACGAAACGCGUGGGCGUUGCUCUAUUUAGCGUGUAUAUAGUAUUUAUUGUGCUGCAAAUUUUGAUUGAGAUGCAUGUGCUCUUCCCAUUGGACUGUAGCAGUUAGUCAGAGCAACAACAACAAAACUCCUCCAUUUCCAGUUGGAGUUGCAUGCAUGCGAGCUUUUGGCUGACAUCAAAACUAAGUGGAUACGAUUUUGCUUAUAGUCGCAUUUCUAAUUGGUUUAUUGAGAAGUUUUAAAGCUGCCUGGCCAUUGGUUGAUUGAAUGUUGUCAGGGUUGCCACCUAACAGAAAACGAACAACGAAGCAAACUCGAUGUACAGCCCAACACACAAUUAUUUACGACUUCAGCUACAUCGUAUAGUUAUAUAUAUAGACGCUUGUAUUAUAACAGAUUUUUUUUGAUUUUUUUUGCUUUACUAGCUUAGGUACUCCUUAAGACUGUCUACUAUUUAGGUAAAAAUAAUUCAUUGUUACGUACUUGUCCUGUUGAACACUAUUUAUAUAUACAGAGAAGAAAGGAAAAAACAAAAAUAUCCCUAUGUUAUAGUCACAAAUUCUGAACUGGUACCAAAAAAGCGCUAGAUUUGAUAGAGACCAAAUGCUAUAUAUGUAGAUAUAUGUAUGCCUAAGCUAUAAUUUACGAUUACGUAAGUACCCUGCGAUAUUUAUGGCCAAUCAUCGGCUAGACUUCCUUAACACACAAACUACUACUGUAUGCAUAGGGUAUUAUCACUGUUGAUAUUCUAGAAUGUGUAGACUCUAUCUACCGUUAGCCACACACACACCUAUUGUUACUAAUUUACAAAUACACCUAACGACACAAAUACUAAGCAAUGUGAUUUUUAAACAAUUUUGCUCAGAUAGCAACCAGAAGUAAUGAUGAAAAUAUAAAAUAAAUUAAAAUAUAAAUCAAAAA